AUGGAGUCGGAGGAGUUCGCCAGCCCACCGACGGUGUCUAGUUUGGAGAACGCCGACGAAAAUAAUCCCGCGACACAAGGUUCCAAACCCGCACGGAGACCACGUGUGUCACUAGCUUGCCAGAGAUGUAAGCAUCGUAAGCAGAGGGUUGGUGCCGCGCCCGAGGUCGAGUCCAACAAUUGUCUAACUACAAUCCAGUGCAAUGGUGAUCAGCCUUCAUGUGCCAGAUGUCUCCGGUUGAAGUUGGAAUGCCACUAUGUGAUACCAUCGUUCCCGAAGCCUGCUCAGGCCAAGUCGUACAUCAAGGCUCUGGAAGACCGUGUCGCCGAGCUCGAAAAACUCCUGACCAAAGAAGGAGACCGCACCGUCUCUCGUGACCACUGGGACGACUUGGAGGGCAGAGCCGAUGACUCUGAUGCGGGCGAGGAAGGGGGCAUUCAACCCCUGUUGAACGCUGUCCGAGAUCUUUCCCUGGAUGUUGCCGGGUCUUAUGUUGGCGGAGCCUCUGCGAUCACUCUGGGUCGAGCCCUGCAAGCCACUCUGGCCGGCAAGAUCCAACUCACUUUGCCCAAUCUGGGACUUGAUGACGGAGACCUGAGGCGAGAAGUGCCUCUGGCAGGUAAUCUCGGCACGUUUUCAGGCGCAGACUCAUUUCAGUUGAGCAAACUCAAUCCCGAGAUUGCAGACCAGAUGGUGUAUGGAUAUUUGAAGCAUCUCACCACGAACUUCCCUAUAAUACUCUCGACGGAUAUUCUAGAUCUGCACAGCAGACGCCAGAAUUUGAACGACGUCUACGAAGAAAGUAUUCUCAGCCUGAUCUAUGGACUUGGAGGUCACUUUCUCGAAAAGACAGGCGAGUCAACUUAUUUCUUCAACCCCGAAAUGUAUUACUACGCCGCCUUGGAGAACAGAGAAGCAAUUCUACGUCUGGGGGACACCCGCUCACUAACAUAUCUGAUGUUAUUGGGUCAGCAUUGUUAUCGAAUGCCCAAAGAGCCAGGUGCAUGGACUUUCUUUGGACUUGCGAUGAAGAUUUGUAUAGAGUUGGGGCUUCACAGGCAAAGACGCUCCGCCAGAAUCUCUGUGAAAUCCGAGACCAACAAGCGGAUUUUCUGGACUUGCUAUUGGCAUGAACGCGAAAGUGCCAUGGCCAUGGGACGGCCGCCGGCCAUAUCCGACCAUGAUAUCGAUGUUGAGCUACCGCUCGACGUCGACGAAGCGACUCGAGACGUCGAAGUGCUGCGAAAGGCUGCAGAGCAAGACCGGUCAAUCCCAGCAUACCCUCAAACAACCAUGUCGACGAUCAUCCAUUUGUUGAGACUCAAGAAAAUUGAGUCCGAAAUCCAACAUGAAAUCUACCGGGUCGAUCGUACGAAACCCUCGUCCGCCAUCCAUGCCAUUACCGAUGCAUUCCUUGAGAAGCUAUAUGCCUGGAAAGAUGCGAUCCCAGCACAAAGCAUACAGCUGGACUCGGGCGAGCCGAGAAACCUCAAGAGCGACAUGGCGUCCUACUACAAAACUCUGAGGGUGCUCCUUCAACCUCGUCUAUACGAGAAAGUGGUCGAUGGGAGGUACUUUGCACUCUGCGUCGAAGCAUGUCGCGGCAUGUGUGAGACAUACAGGAGACUUCAUGACAGGUUGCCAAUUGCAUUCACGUCGUUGUCUCUACAGUCAGUAUGUCUGUCCGGCCUUACGCUUGUCUACUGCAUGUGGCACGACUCUUCCAGUAGCAUGAGUUUCAGGAAUCUGAGCGCCCUGACGGAUUGCAGUAUCAUCCUCUAUGUAAUGGCUGAGCGGUGGCCCCCGAGCAGGAAAUACAGGGACCUGUUUGAGGCGGUGAAAAAGUCGGUGAUCCAGGCGAUCGAGGAAGGAAAACACAUUCCCCGAACUGCAGUCACUUCGAUGAAGGGCGACAUGCAGAAACCCUUGCAGAGCCUACAUGAUGAUACACCCAUGGACAGCGUCACCGAUGACCUGCAACAGAUGAUCAGUGAUAUGACGGGCGAGACCAUAUCGUUUUGGGACGACACAAAUAUCGGCAUGGACGAUGCCUCAGCUGUGCCGGCGGCACAGCUGGACGAUAGGUUGAAGAUACCGGGCAUCGUAGGCUGGACUCCUGCGGACGAGACGUUUUGGUACAACAACGGGUACAUACCUGGCCCGCAUGAAUCAUGA